UAAAAAAAUUGAUUUGAAAAAUGAAGCCAUCUAAAGGAGGCUAUAAGUCUCAUCUUAUAUAUUCUGUUGGAAUUAUCAUUAUAACAUUUUUGAGACAAGCUGUUUGUUUAGAGAAUGGGCUAGCCCGAACUCCGCCUAUGGGAUGGCUUUCUUGGGAAAGAUUUCGCUGCAAUACUGACUGUGAAAAUGAUCCUGACAACUGUGUAAGUGAACAGCUUUUUCAAACAAUGUCAGAUUUAAUGAUUACUGACGGAUAUGCUGCUGUGGGGUAUGAAUAUGUAAAUAUUGACGAUUGUUGGUUGGAGAAAUUUCGUGCUCCCAAUGGAAAACUAGUGCCUGACCGUAAACGAUUCUCAAGUGGCAUGAAAGCGUUAUCGGAUUAUAUUCAUUCCAGAGGUUUGAAAAUAGGCAUAUAUGAAGAUUUCGGAAAUUUUACAUGUGCAGGUUACCCAGGUAUAAUUGGACAUCAAUAUUCAGAUGCCAAACAGUUUGCCGAAUGGAAUGUUGACUAUGUCAAAUUAGACGGUUGUUAUUCACUUCCUCAAGACAUGGAUGCCGGUUAUUCGGAAUUUGAAAGAAUAUUAAAUAGCACUGGAAAACCAAUGAUAUACUCCUGCAGUUGGCCAGUUUAUCAAAUAUAUGCUGGAAUACAACCAAACUUUACAGCUAUUAGAACGCAUUGUAAUUUAUGGAGAAAUUUUGAUGAUAUUCAAGAUUCUUGGGCUUCAGUUGAAAGUAUAAUUGACUAUUAUGGUAAUAAUCAAGAUAUUAUUGCACCCAAUGCUGGACCAGGUCAUUGGAAUGACCCAGAUAUGUUAAUUAUUGGGAAUUUCGGCCUGAGUUACGAACAAGCAAAAACCCAAUUUGCUAUAUGGUCGAUACUAGCUGCUCCACUUUUAAUGUCAGUAGACUUAAGAACUAUUAGACCAGAAUUUAAAGAAAUCUUGCAAAAUCGAAAAAUUAUUGCUGUUGACCAAGAUGUGUUUGGAAUACAAGGACGACGAAUAUAUAAACAUAAAGGAAUUGAAAUAUGGUCGAGACCAAUUGCUCCAUUAUACCAAACAUAUUACUCAUAUGCUAUAGCAUUUCUUAACAGAAGGACAGAUGGUACACCAUCCGAUGUGGCUGUUACACUUAAAGAGUUAGGCUUAAUCAGUAACACUGGAUAUCGAGUGGAGGAUUUGUAUGAAAAUGUGGACUAUGAAAUUUUGUAUCCAACGACCAAAAUAAAAGUUAAAGUUAAUCCGUCUGGAGUGGUGAUGCUAAAAGCUGAGGUGCAAACUAAUAGAAUAAAUCAACUACUUGUUAAAAAAUUGGACUUCUUCAGUGCUUUAAAUUGAAAUAUUUUAAUACUGCAAUUAUAUAAAUUUA